AUGUUGUUCCCUCUCCAAACAUUAACCCUCAUCUCCGCCAUCUCAGCUGCGGUCUUGCAGCCCUUACAGUCUAUAAACAACCAACUCUUGACCACAAACGGCUCCGAGAUCUUUUUGUUUUCCAAUGCAACGAAUGCAACCGCUUCACUACCCGCCGAGCCCGGCGCUGCUAUAGCGCGUUGCAGCGCCUCAAACUACGGCUCCAAUUUGAAUGUGAAAAGCUGCCAGAACGCUUUCGAAAGCGUCCAGUCCGACGACCAUUAUUCCAGCUUCGGCCUGCGACAUCACGUUGCUCAUUACAACGAAGUCCUUUCUUUUGUGUGGCUUAGCGGCGGCGAUGGUCGUCUUGCUGUCGUGAUGAAACCCAACUCCAACGCCAAUAUUCAGUGCGAGGAAGCGCCAAUAUAUCCAGCCCCCGCUGGAGCCGUCCGGGAAUGGCUGCGUUCGUGCGACGAUACCCUGGUCGAUGUGUCCGUGACGACGACGGUGAAAACAUUUGGUCCUCAUGAGCAUCCGAGCGUCGCGGUCGGUUUGCCCAGGUAG